AUGGGCCAGACACCAACCACAAACCUAGACAUGGAUCCGCCAUCGUCUCCACCCCAUACCGGGAUUCGCGCCUUUGCGGAAGACCUUGAAAGGGAGACCACUGAGCGGGAAGAGUACACCGCGACCGGUAGCUCCGUUGACGCCUUCGACCAGACUGAUAACACUGUCAGGAGUUCUAGACUCUCUUCGCGUCACGCUGACAUUGCCCGCAACCAUCCACUCCCGCGCGCUACAACCCACGUCCCCGAGUUCCGAGACCGCGAUACCACCAAAACUGGUGGACAGGAGGAGGCAACAACGAUCCGGAAGACGGACCAGCAUGAGACGGCGGACGAAGAUGAAGACUUGGAGGAAUUGGAGGCACUGAUGAUCCCGGCGGAAAUGAGGUCGUCCCCGCGGCAGCCGGAGGAGUCUCCCAAUCCAGAAUGGCAACCCAUAGACAAGUCUUCGUGGGACCCUGCCGGUUUCCCGACCACGUCUGGAUGGCAGUCCAUCAACGACCCAGCGUUCGACGAGAACCCCAGCCAUGAUAUCGACAAAUCCUCGUGGGAUCCCGCCGGUUACCAGACGAAGACGGGAUGGCGGUCGAUCAACAAUCCAGACUUCGACGAAGACUUCAGCGAAGAGACACCCACAGACGAGCCCUCGGCAGCGCGCGAAGGCUACUUACCCGACGAAGGCGAUGAAGACUCGGUGGCUGAUUUCCCAUCUGAUCCUGCUGACGAUGCGAAACCUUUGAGAGAGCCGGAUGAUACCGACGAUGUACUGGACGAGAAGUACUUCAAGCACAACGGCUACUUGAACUACAUCAACAACGUCGAGGACGGGGGUGAAUCUGACUCUGCGACGGAGAACAAGAAGACAGGGGUUCAAACCAAACUCAAGACAACGAAGAAGAAGGAAUUCAAAGUUGUCUUCGGCUCCUCGCCUGCCAAGUCCACGGGACCUGGAAAGUCUUUGCCAUCGCCAAAGAAGUCUACCAAGGCAUCCGCCCAUCCGCCGGCCACGGGAGACACGGGUCGCGAUAAUCUCAAGGUCGACGCUAAAGCUGAGCGAAGCUCCAGCCCUGCUUCCUCUUCGGAUGAAGCUAGCGGAUGGGAGGUGGUAGACGGCAACAUCGACGCCCCACGGACGGGCAACAAGUCGGUCCACAAGCUCACGAUCAAGCUUCAUAACAGCGUGACCGGUGAGUCCAAGACCAUCACGUACACCGACGUCGAGCACGAUGACAUCGACUGGAAGUCCAAGCCCCAGAUCGUCGCAAUAACACAAUGGCGUACCGACGUUUUCAAGCAACAUGGAAUCGGUACCAAGAAGGCUGCGUACCCGUACACACCAUUGGAGGACGCCUGGAUGACGCUCUUCCACAGAAAGCUGCGUGCAACCAUCGAUGCGGGCCACGUUAUCAAGCUUCCCGGCCCAGUCAGCGUGAUGGAAGCCUUCAACGCCUUUUUCGAGGGCAAGGUACUCAAAGACGCGAACGGUGCUGAUGCACCUUCUAGACCACAGCGCGACGUGUCUUCCAUCCGUGGAAAGCUUGAUGGCAGGGUUAGCAAAGUUGCUACAGAGAGGAAGAGCAUGAGAGGACUUCUAGAAGGGAAGACAGGUGGUGUUUUGUUUGUUCCAAAUGUGACAGAGGACGAGCUGAGGCAGUUUCAGGUGGAUGAGUCGGUUGCGGUUGACGACCCGACUGAGGUUGGUAAGAAUGCGGCCUUGGAUGUUGAGGGGAAGAAGAGCAGGCGACCGUCACCGAAGAGGAAGCGGGAUGAGAACGAUGCGGGGGACAUGUUGGCGAAGAAGACGAAGCGAGUAGGCUGA